AUGUACGGUGACAGACACACCUCCGAGUACAUUAAGGGCGUGCAUGAUUUUCUUGAAGUGGCUGAGGCAAACAAGCAGAAUGGUUUUAUGUGUUGUCCAUGCCCUACAUGUGGGAAUACGAAGUCUUACUCUGACCGGAAAAUCCUUCAUGCCCACCUGCUUUACAAGGGUUUCAUGCCACACUAUAAUGUUUGGACGAGGCACGGAGAAAUGGGGGUUAUGAUGGAAGACGGCGAAGAAGAAGAGGACGAUGACAACUAUGUGCCCCCUGAAUACGGUGAUGCUGCAACGGGGGAAGCUGCUGAAGAUCAAGAGGAACCAGACGAUGUGCCCAAUGAUGCUGCAAGGGGGGAAGCUGCUGAAGAUGAAGAGGAACCAGUGCCCGAUGAUGAUGAUCUCCGCCGGGUCAUUGUCGAUGCAAGGACGCAAUGCGAAAGUCAAAAGGAGAAGCUGAAGUUCGAUCGCAUGUUAGAGGAUCACAAAAAAGGGAUGUACCCCAAUUGCGAAGAUGGCAACACAAAGCUCGGUACCGUACUGGAAUUGCUGCAGUGGAAGGCAGAGAAUGCUGUGCCUGACAAAGGAUUUGAGAAUCUAUUGAAAAUAUUGAAGAAGAAGCUUCCAAAGGAUAACGAAUUGCCCGACAGUACAUACGCAACAAAGAAGGUCGUAUGCCCUCUAGGAUUGGAGGUGCAGAAGAUACAUGCAUGCCCUAAUGACUGCAUCCUCUACCGCGGUGCGUACAAGGAUCUGAACGCAUGCCCGGUAUGCGGUGCAUUGCGGUAUAAGAUUAGACGAGAUGACCCUGGUGAUGUUGACGGCGAGCCCCCCAGGAAGAGGGUUCCUGCUAAGGUGAUGUGGUAUGCUCCUAUAAUACCACGGUUGAAACGACUGUUCAGAAACAAAGAGCAUGCCAAGUUGAUGCGAUGGCACAGUGAGGGCCGUAAGAAAGACGGGAAGUUGAGAGCACCCGCUGACGGGUCGCAGUGGAGAAAAGUCAAGAGAAAAUACUGGGCUCGGUUUGCAAGUGACCCGAGGAACGUGUGGUUUGCUUUAAGCGCGGAUGGCAUUAAUCCUUUCGGGGAGCAGAGCCCUAAGCAACCCGGCAACGACAUUGAUGUGUACCUAAGGCCAUUAGUUGAAGAACUUUUACAGCUGUGGACUCGAAACGGUGUAUGUACGUGGGAUGAGCACAAAGAGGAGGAAUUUAACCUGCACGCGUUGCUGUUUGUAACCAUCAACGAUUGGCCAGCUCUCAGUAACCUUUCAGGACAGACAAACAAGGGAUACCACGCAUGCACGCACUGUUUAGAUGACACUGAAAGUAUAUACCUGGACAAAAGCAGGAAGAAUGUGUACCUGGGCCAUCGUCGAUUUCUUCCGACCAACCAUCAAUGUCGAAAGAAAGGCAAGCAUUUCAAAGGCGAGGCAGAUCACCGGAAGAAGCCCGCCAUGCGUACCGGUGAUCACGUACUUGCUAUGGUCAAUGAUUUACACGUAAUCUUUGGAAAGGGUCCCGGCGGACUAGCUGUUCCGCAUGACGCUGAGGGACACGCACCCAUGUGGAAGAAGAAAUCUAUAUUUUGGGACCUACCCUACUGGAAAGAGCUAGAGGUCCGCUCUUCAAUCUACUAUGAAGGUCCUGCCAGCUACGCUCUUACGAAAGAAGAGAAAGAAAUCUUCUUUGAAUGCCUGCUCAGUAUGAAGGUCCCGACUGGCUUCUCGUCGAAUAUAAAGGGAAUAAUAAAUAUGCCAGAGAAAAAGUUCCAGAACCUAAAGUCUCAUGACUGCCACGUGAUUAUGACGCAACUGCUUCCGGUUGCAUUGAGGGGGCUUCUACCGAAAAACGUCCGAUUAGCCAUUGUGAAGCUACGUGCAUUCCUCAAUGCAAUCUCUCAGAAGGUGAUCGAUCCAGAAAUCAUACCAAGGCUAAGGAGUGAUGUGGCGCAAUGUCUUGUCAGUUUCGAGCUGGUGUUCCCACCAUCCUUCUUCAAUAUCAUGACGCACGUCCUAGUUCAUCUAGUCGACGAGAUUGUCAUUCUGGGGCCCGUAUUUCUACACAAUAUGUUCCCCUUUGAGAGGUUCAUGGGAGUCCUAAAGAAAUAUGUCUGUAACCGCGCUAGGCCAGAAGGAAGCAUCUCCAUGGGCCAUCAAACAGAGGAUGUCAUUGGAUUUUGUGUUGACUUCAUUCCUGGCCUUGAGAAGAUAGGUCUCCCUAAAUCGCGGUAUGAGGGGAGACUGACUGGAAAAGGCACGCUUGGAGGGGGGAACUCAAUAAUAUGCAGGGACGGAUAUUCUUGGUCUGAAGCACACUACACAGUUCUACAGAACUCUACCUUGGUGACCCCGUAUGUCGAUGAACACAAGAACAGUCUGCGCUCCAAACACCCGGAGCAGGGACCAUCUUCGACUGUAUUGACUUACAAAGGAUACGAGAUAAAUGGGAAUACAUUUUACACGAUCGCCCAAGAUCAAAAGAGCACCAACCAAAACAGCGGUGUCCGCUUUGAUGCAGCAACCGAGAGGGGAAAGGACACAUAUUAUGGUUACAUAAUGGACAUAUGGGAACUUGACUACGGACAUGAUUUUAAGGUCCCUUUGUUUAAGUGCAAAUGGGUCAAUCUGUCAGGAGGCGGGGUACAGGUAGACCCACAGUACGGAAUGACAACAGUGGAUCUGAACAAUCUUGGGUACACUGACGAACCGUUCGUCCUAGCCAAUGAUGUGGCACAGGUUAUCUAUGUGAAGGACAUGUCUACCAGACCGAGGAAAAGAAAAGAUAAGGAAGCGAAUACAUCAUACGAUGAGCCAAAGCGGCACAUAGUUCUUUCAGGAAAAAGGGACAUUGUGGGAGUGGAGGGCAAGACAGACAUGUCUGAAGAUUAUGAAAAGUUUCAUGAAAUUCCUCCCUUCAAAGUCAAGGCUGACCCAAGCAUCCUGAUAAAUGAUGAAGAUUAUCCAUGGUUA